AUGCUCCACCCUCAGCGCGUAGAACCUGGCCUCGCUCGACAAGUUCCCCUGGUUGUAAUUCCCCGCCUUGAAAUAGCUCCUCGGCGCCCGCAGGUCGUGCGUGCUCGGCUCCCGCAGCGGCCGCGCCCCAUCCAGCCCGACGCUCAGCCGCCCGCCCUUCUCGUACCGCACCUCGUAGCUCCAGACCCGGCCCGCCGGCUCCACCCUCCCCAGCUCCGUGACCUCCUGCCUGCCGCUACUCCGGUCCCUCUCCACGCCGACGCGCACCGUGCCGUCCGCAGCGAAGCUGAUCAGGCACACCGGCAGCGCCCCAUCGCCGGCGUCCAUGUGUAUCUGCCCCACCACCGUGCCGCGGGCGCUGUCGUCCGCCCGCGUCACCGCCAGCGUCGCGCUGAGCCUGUUGACCGCCGCGCCGGGGCCCCAGCUCCGGCCGCCGCCGGGGAGGAUCUGGCGCAGCUCCGACCGGCAGUACUUGCUGUUCCUCGUCGUGACGCAGCCCGUGCCCUCGGGCCCGCCCGCCGGGGACGGUGA